AUGAAUGUUCUUGUAGGACAUGUGGUCUGCGUGAGCUUCCCUGGUAACGCUCCCUCCGAAGUCAAUACCUAUGCCACUGGAAAGUAUGGAGCUCCAGCCACUGUGGCAGCUCCAAUCCCAACUGAUAUUGUUGCCGGGACCAACGUGAAAUGUGGCAAGUACUAUCGUGUUAAAGAGUUUGACUACUGUCGAGCGAUUGCCAUGGCAAAUGGUAUCAACCUAUCGGAUUUCCUCUUCUUGAACCCAGAGCUUCAUGAAAAUUGCACGAACCUCCACAGCAACUAUAGCUAUUGCGUCCAGCCCGUGGGGAACAUCAAGACGUAUCCAGGUUACAUAGGGCCUGCAAGAGUGUCUCCAGCGGUACCAUCCAGAUUUUGGGGGACCAGUCGUGCGUGGGACUCUCUUCCGACACCCACAAGUCUGACAUCCUGGAAGCCAAUUGUUCUGCCGAGUACUGCGCCCUUGGCCAACCACACAAGAAAGGACUGUGAUGUGUAUGAGGACAAUACGGAUGGACCUAUCCCGUGCUACUGGAUGGCACGAGGAGUGAGCUUUUACAACUUCGUCCAGUGGAAUCCCUCAUUAAACUUCUGGAAUUGCACAUUGACCAACAAUACGCGAUACUGCACGUUGCUAGGACCCGGAUACUACCUCAGCAACCUGCCAGAUGACGAGCCAGCGGAUGAAUAUGCCGAAUACCCCUCUAAUGCCGCACCCAACUCGACCAAAGAAUGCUACAUUUGGUAUGAAACAUCAGGAGAGAGUGCAUCUUGCGUUUCCAUUUUGGCAGAUGCGGACAUCUCAUUUGAUGCGUUCUAUUCAUGGAAUCCAAGCAUCAAGAGUGAUUGCUCCAAUAUUUGGCUCAGUACUUCGUAUUGCAUUGAAGGAACCGAUUUUGAUGAUGAUUACUUUGAUCAUGGAACUUCAUCUACAACUGCUUCGCCCUGUUCUACUACAACACCUACUGGUGCGAGAGACAUCGUGCCAGAUCUGGGGCUCAAUUAA